UCCGAUCUGUUCGAACUCGAUCAAUCCACCGGAGAGAUCUAUUUGAUGAGGAAAAUUCGUGAUCUGGCCGGACAGCAGCUAUCGAUCCCCUAUAACCAAAUCAAUCGAUCCACUUAUGAGUCCGAAGAUAAAUUGAUCGAGUUUGAAAUCGGGAACGGAUCAGUCGAUGCUCCGUAUUUCGACGAGGAAAUCGUACAUGUCACGGUGGCCGAAGAUGCUCCUAUAGAUGAUUGUGGAGAUUCAGGUCGCUCACAGCGAUGCUACCGUCCGAUGCACUCCGACUUCACACCGAUCGACUUGGGGUGGCCUACAGCUCCUCAUCAUCUCGUCGUUGUGGCUGCUGCUGGCGGUGGAAAAGCUAGUCAAUUGGUCGUUAUCAGCGUCGAUGAUAAGAACAAUAAUCACCCAGAAAUCAUUAGUGGUGCUGAGGUGCUGGUGUUCACGGAGCCAUCAAACCGGGUUAUCCAUUACGUGGUCGCCACCGAUGACGAUUCUGGCCCAAACGCUGCCAUUUCUUACGACCUGAUCUCCGAUCCCACCGAUUGCUUCGGUAUCGACCACAAGACUG